AUCCGGUAUUGCUCUAGCGGAGGGCUGAAAGGAAGAGUAAUAUUUUAAUCAGUUUCGGUAUUCUUGUCUUGGAGAUUCUAUGAACUGCUUUGACAAUGGUUCUCUCUUGUUGCCGGUUGAUCAGUUUACUCGUUGCAUUUAACUUGAUUGGGACUGAACACGCAGAAACAAACCUAGAUAGUUUGUGUCUUCGUGAAGAAUUGAAAUCGAGUACUUUAAGAGCAGCGACUUUGUCAACUGACACAGUCUGCUGUCGACGAUGCAGGUCGAUCAUACAAGACCAGGAGAAUCGAGGGGUAAGUACAGAAAUUAAACUUUUCAAUAUAUGGUUGGGAAUUUCAUGCCCAAAUAAACUUUGUGGGGCCAUUGGAUUGCUUUAUUCGACGCCGGGAGUUUGAUGAACAGCCUAGCUCUAAUGCAUCAUCAAUCAAUAUUUUAAAACCCCUCAUAAAAACGUUUCGUGAAUCACGUCUCAGCGAAAACUGCGGUUACCAGCUUUCUCAUUUUUUUACACCAAUUUCCAGUAGGUUUAAGCUAAUUUACUAAAUCUCAACUGAUUUGUUUUAAUCGUGUUUACAGUAAAAUUUGCGCCAUUUGAUUUUCUUCUUUGAAAGGAGAGACUCCCUGAGGAAGAAGUUGUUAGGGAAAUUUCACAUUUUGAUUUUUUUCGUUGACCCCAUGUAGUGUCAAUGUAUACUUGUUUUCAUAUUUUUUUUGCCCGUUUUCGCGUCAAAGCUCCAACGUGUCUGGAGCACGUAGCGUCUUUUCAAUAGUGGACAAAAAUCAAAAUUCAAUUCCGUUAUAUUAUCGCCAUUUCAUGUGUCGUCCCAUUCAAUAAGUCGUUUACACUUUUUUAAUUGCACGUGUUGGCGUUACCAGGGUAUCCAUAGAAAAAAAAAACACAUUAUGUUAACACAAACGCACAAACAGGAAAGGGCAUGGACUCGGUCAACACACUUGAGCGUCCUGUGGUUUAUAUAUUUUUAUAACAAAAUACUAUGCGGAGUGUAACAUUUUUCAGCCUGUUGUGUUCAGAUAACCCUGAAGAUAAAAUGACACUAAAGCAGUCAACAGGCAUAUUGGCUGUGCGUGGCGUGACGAUGUCAGCUUCGACACGUGUCGUUAAAUUGCACGUGGCGCUCAAUUAUAAGCUUCUCUUGGUUGAGUGGUAAUAGUCUGGAAGAGUAUGAUAAUAGACGCCUUUUAUAUUCUAGGUAAUGUAAAAUUAAAAGCACAUCUGAGAUCUAUGUUACUAAGUCCAAGAUGUUUUUAUGAUUAAUUAUGCUUUUAUGAAGAGAUUCAUUUAAGUUGAAAUAAAUUUCUUUUGUACCUUUUUUCUUAUUUUCAAUAUAGAUUCGUGAUCUCCUUUUUCUUAGCUAUCUUUGAUCGUCUUGAAUCAUCUUUUCGACAGGGAGAGAAAAAAAAACAAAGAAUGUUUCCGAUGGUGUAAGGUCAUCUAACUGAUAAGUUAACAGUUGCACAUUUGUCCAAUAGAAUUUUUAAAGAGACAUUGAGUGGCUAGUUUCUGACACAAAUGCACCUUUCUUGUAGAAUAUUGCAUUUAAAAAGUGUAUCCAGCAUUGCAAGCAGCAAAGGGAUAUCAAAGGUAAAAGGUUUAACUAUCUUUGGUGGAUCGAUUCGGUGAUGCUCGUUAGUUUUUUUUUUUGUUUUGUUUUUUCAUUGAACAAGUUUCAUCUGAUAACAUCAUGUUGCAUUUAACGUAUUGGAUGAUCGCGGUGUGGAUCAAUAGAUGUAAUCAGAAUCCAGUAACUAACGUUUUUUUUGGUCUUUUGACAUUGUCCUUUUCUUAGAUAAUGAGGUCCUUGCACGAUCUAAAGGAAGAGAACGACGUUCUUCCCUGCAAUAUGAAAGUAAGCGAUGUGUUUAGAAGCUAUUCAUAAGUGCUGUUACAAAAAAAAAAAAAAAAAAAACUAAUUUUAACCUUUUUUUUUAAUCAAUUAGCACCAUUUGUGCGUAUUUAGUUAACAAUCGAACGAAAUUUUUUAGCCGAGAAGUUUGUCAGCUUGUACUCGUUAGGCGUAACUUCAUGGUCUCUUCGCGAGGGACGCUGGGUUGCUUUCUAAUUAGUUCAAAUGGAUCAAAUGCGUGUAUUGGCACCACUCAGCGACGCCCUGUCGCUCAUAAGAGAUAGUGAAAAUAAGGUUUUUUCAACUAUUCAGAUGGUGCUUUCAAUAUAUAUCAACAAAGGAUCGGUCUGUGCUUUUUGUUAUGCGUAUAUCGAGUUGCGGAUGUACGCUAAAAGGCCGGAGAGCAGGAGGGAAGGUUAGAAGUUGCUCGAAGUGCAAUAAAGAGCAAGUCUAGUUUCUUUUAAAAGGUAACAUUGAUGCAUUCUUCAUAAAAACAGGCUUUGUUUGUGAUCAUCUAUAUCAAUGUUCGUUACCUGUGCUCUUCUUUUUUUUCGGCUUGCUGGCUAAGAAGUCAAUUCCAAGUGGAAAGAACAAUCCUUCUUCGCUUUCUCUAGCUUUCAUUGACUAUCGAAACGUUUAGCCAAAGGAAGUCGCUGCUAAACUUGACUGGAACUUCAACUCGCCAUGCAACCGCAACUGCAACUCCCCUCGCCAUAUUAGCUAUGUACGGCCGCGCACAUGUAGAUAUGGCAAUGAUGGGUUGAAAUAAAUAACAUAGGACAAGCGCGAGAGCUAUGUGACAACAACAUUACGCAAAUAUUGUGGAAAUUACGGGAAACUCACUGCAGCGUUUCGUUACUAACAUUUCAUUUUCUUUCAGCGUGUCGCGGUCUGAAGGAUCCUACAGCUCCUUCUCCUUGUCUGCCAGAGAAGAUGAAGGUUGAAUUCCGCACAAUUUCGUCGGAUACUUAUGGUUACAACAUCAUUUGGGAGCCUAUAUCGGAAUUUCUUUUUGAAGGUAACACUUGUCAUGAAAUUGAGACACUUUCUUUUGAAUACACGUCAGACACUAAAAAGUACAAAGAUGCUGCAAAUGAGCUAUAUUUUUACAGAUUUGGUCCCUUUUUCUCUGCGUUAAAUGGACUUUUGUUGAAUAGUGAUCUUCAUUAUUGUCCAGAUCUUACAGUAAGGGGCGAAAACCAAACAUAGCUUCUUAUUUGGUAUCAUGGUGUUUUUUUUUGUUUCAGUCCACAACAGGACGUGGACUCAUUACUCGCUUAUGUACGAAUUUGAGAACGAUCCAUCACCUGAUAGAAAAGUGAAUUGUCUGCUCGUACCAAAGGUUAGUGAAAAUAAAAAUUGUCCUGUAAGCCUCCUAUAUGCAUAGGAAACCAACUAAUCGAGUGUUCCAUAAUAAUUGCUUGAAAUAUGAACGACAGUUCAGUUCAAGAAAUUGGGAUGGCACCUUCGUAGGCAAACAAUGUUUUGAAAGAAAGAAAAAGGUUCCAUUGUGUGUAACACCUGAUUUUUAGCGGCUGCUUAUGUGAAGAGUUGCUUUGUAUAAUUGUAAAUGUAUUCAAGAUUUGCAUGUGCCUUGCAGUAAUUAUAAUUAAUGCAAAGUGGGAUGUUCCAAUUUCAGAAUAACACCAACUAUACCCUGAUAUAUCAUUCUGCAAACUUUAAACCAGAUGCUCUCCGUUAUGCGGUAUGUUCAAUACUUUCCGUAAUUAGCUUAACUAAACUGGCAUUUUGAUUGGCGCUUAUUAAUGAUCGAUCAGUGGACAGACUUAUGGAUGAUGUCAUUAUGAACAACUUUUGUCUUCUUUUUUAUUGGAAAAAGAUAGAUUUCAUGAGUUUGUUCAUCAGUUGAACACAGAUUAAGUCAAAAUUUAAUAAGAACAUCCGUGAUACACUCGGCUGUACUUCUCGUGCCAUUUUUGAUUCAACAUAUUGUGACGACAUCAGUGACCUAUUACGAAACCAAUGCGAGUUGCAAUAUGGAAUCUAUAUUUUUAACUGAUGUAUUGACAUAUUUCGGGCUUGUAUACAUUUAAGUAAGGGUUUCUGGAUGGGUGAGGUAGCCGCUUAGUCGCGGUCGAACAAUUGAAGGAAAAGUAGUUAAGAGGAGGCAACUAAGGGUAAGAAAAAUUGGAGACAAGUUCUUUCUAUUUUGACAACCCCUGUUUCCUGCUAAGCGCCAGUUCUGUCACAUUCUACGUAAUCUGGUUGCUGCUAUGAUAAACGAACAUAUCUCUUAUUGUUCUUCGAUUUCCGUCGAAUGGAAUAGUACAGAUAAUAGUUGCAAGUAUUAAUAAUGAAAGGUUAUACUACUCGAAAGGGAAGUAGGAAUGUCAAGCUUAAAUGAGAGGAUUUCAUCCUAAAGGCCUGAUAAUAAACUUUGUUUCGAAUUUUGCUGUUACAAGUAAAGGGGAAUAUCAAGUUUUUAGCUAUCAGUUAUUUGGGAAAAAAAGCCGAACUGGUAAAAAUAUCUAGCUUUGUAACUGCUGGAAUAAUAGUUCAGUUCCAUGUAUUGAUGUUGGUUUGUAGGUUGUUUCCUAUCCAUUCAGAAGCACAUUCUCGGGAGAAAGCGCAAUCAAUUUGUCAGAGUUUGAUCCCCUAAGACCAAGUAAGCCUUUCUAUUCCAAUAUUUCGUUUAACGCGCAUCAUGUUAAAGAUGUUGAUCGUAGCUGUCUGUAUACAUUAGACGUAGUGAGUAUUUUUUCUUAAAUAUGGGGUUUUAAUUUUAAAUCCUGGAGCUGUGUCUGGUCUUUCUUUGGACAGAUAAACCUCCUUGGGUUUGACCUCCUUCCCUCAGAAUCAAAAUUAACAGAAUGUCUUGCCAGCAAAACAUGUUUUUUAAACCGGGUUUAACUGAAUGAAAAGCAGAAACAGGGAACUGAAAAACUGGAUUUUCCAUAGGAUUCAAGUAGUCGCCAACUUGUAUUUUCAAUGUGCUAAAUAUUAAUUCAACAAACAUUGGUUUAAGCAGGCUUCAUAAAUAAAAAAAAAUUGUAAGCCGUGUUAAACAAAACAGAUUAUCAAAAUACAUUCCGCGUCAAAUACGACCCGGCUUUGGUUCCCCUUAAUUCCCGCGAUUUGUUAUCAAAACACAUAAACAUUCCUGGGUGGGUGUCAAACGAGUAUUAUACGGUAAGAAGAUGAUGUUUCCCAUUAUUUAUUUGUAAUUUUAAUUUUUUUUCCUAGCAUUCAUCCCAACGUUCGAUCCCAUAUUUCCCACAGAAGGUAAGUCAUUCACCCCGGAUUCCUUCAAACAUCAGAAUAAUUAAUAUUGAUUGUAGAGCCGGUUAAGGCGAGAAAUAGGUUUUUGCUAGUUUUAUUAGUUCAAAAAAGGUUAUUAGCAAGUAUAAUUAAGCAGGUCUGAAAUUUAUAACUGGCUUGUAUCCUCUGCAGGACAACAUUCCUGUUCUUACCAACGGAAAUUUGAAUUCCCUUUUCCUGAAUUGUUUCCUUAUUGUUUUGUUUUCGUUAAGGAACUGAGAAGUCUUCAGCCUUGGCAUGGCCUAUCAUAGGGGGGGCCUUCGCAGGCCUGGUACUUAUUUUUGCAAUGAUGUGGGCCUUUAUGUGGCGAAAGAAAACAUUGCGACCGUUCUAUCGUCGAGGUACUAUUGUUACGGCGUUUCUUUUUUUCGUUAGUUCGAGUUCAUUGAAAUGUUAUUUACUAAAGAGUUUUAAUUUGUCCAAUAGAUUCUCAACUGCAAGAAAUUAAUCCCAAAACAGACAUCAGUGGAGGUGAAGUGACUGCGUUUGCAAAUUGAAAUUUUUUUCAUGUUCGUUUGUUAAAUGUUAUUUACUUUGAAGUUUUUAACUAUUCUCACAGAUCUUCAUCUGCCUGAAGUUUAUACCAGAGAAAACAUUAGCAGAGGUGAUAUAUCUGCUGUUGAAAAUUGCUUUUUUUUUCACGGUGUAUUUGUAAAAUGUUAACUUAAAAUUCCUCAACUUUUCCGACAGAUCCCCAACUGCAGGAAGUUAUUACCAAGGCAAACAUAGCUAGAGGUAUUGAUUAUGUCUGUAUUUGAAAAUGAAAUUUUUGUUACCGUGUUUUUGUUGAAAUGUUAUUGACUUAAAAAUCUUCAACUUUUCAUAUAGAUCCGCAGCUGUCAGAAGUUAUUACCAAGACAAACAACACUGGAGGUAAAAUGAAUGCAUUUGAAAACUGUGGUUUUGUUAAAAUAUUUCGUCAUGAAUAUGGAAGCGAUCCUCACCGUUAUGAACACUGCUUAAGCAGUAGUAAGCCUGAAAAAAAAUUCAGGCCUUUACGGAAUUUGAACCUAUGACCUCUGCGACACGGUGCAGGGCUCUAUCAACUGAGCUAACGAGCCAACUGGAAGCUGGUUACUACUUCUUAAGUAGCGUUCAUAAAUGCGAAGAUCGCUUCCAUAUUUACUUCCUUAUCCGCAGAUCACAUAUAUGAUUUUCAUAUAUUUACAGUCACAAUUUCGAUAGUGAGUCGGUUUUUCCAUAAGUGAUAACGUUGGGUUCCACUUUGCUUUAUAGAACUGUACUACAGCUGUUACUACCCAGAGAAUGAGAGUUUUCGUACCCAAGUGGCCUCAAUUGUAAACUCCUUCCGGAAACAAGGAUACAACGUCAUAAUGGACGCCAUGGUAACAAACGAAAUUAGCUCCCAGGGCCCACCGCGAUGGGCAGAAAAUCAGAUUAAGAGAGCCAAGAAAGUGCUAGUUUUCUUAUCUCCUGGUCUUUUGGAACUAGCUUCAAGUGAUGGACGUGAGAUAGAAAAUUCGCAGGUUAGGAGCACAUUUUAAAUGUAUCGCCAUAACGAUAUGCAUUGAUUUUUGUUGUUGUUAACCAGUGCUCAUCAUCGGGUGACAUAAAGACAGACGAAAGUUCGAACAUAGUAAACGAACGAAAGAGAAAAGGGUACUUGGGAGACAAACAAAUUAAUUUAACGGGAAGGAAUCAUACAUGCAAUCCUUAAAGGAAAGAAAAACUACAGAAUUGUUGAAAGUAAUUAGUGAGAGUAAACAAGGUAACACGGCAAUGAGAAAAACGUGGUAAACACAAGCGGUUUUAGUCCAUUUAGCUGUCCUUGAAACAAUUAAAGGCGAUUUUUUUUCCCGAAUUUAUUUUUAAACGGUCAAUAGUAAAGGUGUAUUUUCUUUCACGUGUUCCGGUUUCAUUUUUGAGCAAGUGCUUUUAUGCCUGCUUGUCGACUUUCCCAACUUCCUUUUGCUAUAACUUGUCACAGGUGACGUAAUCAAAGAAAAGAGAAAGAAAGAAAGAGAAACGGAAAACAUAAGACAAUUCAUCCAUCAGUUAUAAAGCAAUAGACUCCACUACGUAAUAAAGAACCAUUUUCUUUUCUAUUAAAAUCUCUUCUCCGAGCUAGGUUCAUUGCAGUAGUUCUGACAGACUACUGUAGGCAACUUCACGACACGAAGUUGAUGAGUUUUCUGUGACAAGGCUUUUAGAAUCUCCGCACGCGAAACAGAAAGUUUUUGAGGUUCGAAUCCAUGUAAAAACACCUCAAAUGUUUGUAUUUUCCUUCAGUUGUUUGUGACCAAUGUCUAAUCAUAUUUCUUGGUAUCAAGCGAAGUUCGAUUAUGAGCAUUGAAUUUGCUUUUCGGUUUUGAAGAUUAAGAAGAUAUCUGAAACAUGCUGGGAUUCUCUUUUACUCCUCGGCCUUUUUUUUCCUCCGGAAUUUUCAUUUACGACGAAACUUUUGUUGUGCCAAGAAAAAAGCACAACGUUUCGGUAUCGCCAUGAUUGAUAUUAUUGUCGAGAGAAAGUAUAGAAACAUUUUUCUAAACAUGCUUUAAACCUUAACGAAAUAAUUUUGUUUUUCAUUGUUAAAGUACCUUUCCUUGUUUACCUAAUAUCGUUUUCAUCGGCCAGACUUCAAAUCGGAAAUGUGUUUUUAUAAUUCUGAAGGCCGUUAUAGUUUCUUGUUUAAUCUCUUCUCCAGGAUAUCAACCGUGUGUGGAUUGAGUUGGAGGUUCUUCGAGAUAUUUACUCUCAAAACCGCUCAGCUUCAAAAAUGGUGUGCAUUGCUCUCCCAGAUAUGCCAGUCUCGUCUAAAGACUCUCCUGUCUGGCUGAAAGUGAGCUACAGGUGGCCAGUGGAAUUCACCGAGAUCCUGAAGCGAUUAAACGACAGGCCAUCGAUCAAACCAGCGUAAAUUAUGUGUUGAGUUGCUAUACAAACGUUACGACAGCCUUGUUUUUAAACAUUUGUCCAGAGCCAGUUACAAUCGGAUAAAGUACGGCUGUGUCCGGAGGAUCUUGAUCUUCCCGAUCAUCUAGGUUUUAAGUGAUCAUCUGGGUGGUGUUUCCUUGAGAUCCCUUAGAUCUUUUGAAUUUUUUCCCUAUAAGGUUGUAACGAUCCGGUUAGGUAUCUAGAAACUCCACGCUUUAAUUAAUCGCUUCUGCUUUCUUAUGUAGUGUACGCAAAUAGUUAUUUGUAGGAGAAGGUAUAUUUCUGAGAAUUGUUCGUGCAUUGGUUUACACAAGUUUAUGUCAAAACCGAUGUUUGGAAGGGAGAGGCUACAUUUCGAGUAAAAGUAUUAACGGCAAUAAUCUCGUAGUGAAACUAAUCAUUUUAUGUAAAUUAAUUCAUAUUUCAUUUAUAGUCUUCGAAAAAAAUUUUUUUAUCCAAACGGAACUUAAAUCCUAAUUUUAAAAUGACGAAGGGCCAAUGUCAACAAGAAAGAAGCGGUUUACGAGUUUCUUUGAGAAAACCUGAACUUUAUAUUUAUUCAUAAUUUUUCAAUCUUGUGACACUAUCUAAGAAAUAAUUUCCAUAUGUCCUCGAUGAUAAGGAUAUAAACGUAAAUCGUUGAUCGCUAAUUUAUUUCUUAUUUAAUUGAUGGUCACAAAUUUCUAUUUUUGUUAGACGAACGAGGGUUGAGUACAUUGAGACUUUCUAUGAUGGUUUAGGAUGAAGGAGCUCAAUCAACGUCAUUUUACACUAUUGAAUUGUUUCCCUUUGUCGAUUUUUUUUCUUCUCUUCCUGAUCAUCUUUUGAACGAUCACAAGUAAAUAGCCAAGGGAGGCUGGAGGCUUUUUUCAAUAGGAUGCCUAAUUUUUAUAAGAAAAAGUGUUAUUGAUAGCAAAGCAAACCUGACUUCACCACGUAUGCCUGUAGGACUCUAUACGGACAUUUAAAAGAAAGCAUGCUGCCAACACUCUUUCAAUUAGGCAAUGGCUUCUUGAUUUCAUGGUAACUUUUAAAAACGGCAAUAGAUGGGUCUUUCAUUUAUAAUGCAAAUUUUUCAAUGUUGUUUUGAACCGGGCUGCUCCAAUUACCUGUAACUUGACUCAGGAAGUUGUGUUGAUGACAUAUUUAUUUACAAGGGAAGUCGACAUUGUUACCUUGAUUUUACUAAGGCAGGCUGUUGUCUAGACUGAUCCAAAAAGCUCUUUUUACCCCAACAUAUCCUGAAAGUAUUUUGGUUAAAUCAUCGAACGACUUGAAAGAUAAAAAAGCAGGUGAAAUUGAGAAAAACAAAACAAAACAAAACAAAAACAGAGCGAACAAAGAGACAUGCAACGGAAACGCCUGAAAAGGUUGCCAAGCUCUGCGAUUUACGUCACAGGAUCCGUAUGUCUCCCUUGCGUUACAAGGAGGGCUUUCGAACUUGACCAGUUUUGCCAAAUUGUGAUUUGAAACUAUGACUUAAAAUGUUAAAAAUAACAGCAGCGAAAGGGAAUUUGUUUUUCAAUUAGAUUUCCUUAAAAUUUACAACCAGCAUAGGUGCUUGGCGAGAAAUGGAGUUAUGAAAUUCAUUCCCAGUGCGGGUUUUUGAAAAACAUAUUGAGGGAUGAUCACUUAAUAAAUGGGCCUUAAAAAUUCGUUCAAAUAAGAACUAAUUCUGCUUGACUUUAAAAGCUCUGAGUAAAUAUCGAUGUACU